AUUUUAUACGCUGGAAUGACUGUAUUGUUUAUACAGCAACGGAGCUUUGGAUUUCAGUUAGAUGAUCUAGAUGCACUUCGUUCAAAAAAUUCAUCCUUUUUUAAAGGACUAUUCCAAACAACUUUAUUUCCUAUAACAUUUACACCGACGACUAAAACAACCUCUACCACUGCUACAACUAGAGCAAUUCCAAAAAAUUAUGUCAAUGCUACUGCUUGUGAAUCUUCAGUAUGCAAGUUACCAUUUUGUCGAUGUGCUGGUUCAGACACCCCAGGAUCCUUGCCGAUCAGCAAUACUCCACAAAUGAUUGUAUUUGCUAUGAAUGGUGGCAUAAAUGUGAAUAAUUAUCAAUUUUAUAAAAGUCUUGAUGGAACUAAGUCAGUAAAUGGUUGCCCUUUCAAAAUGACAUUUUUUGUUUCUGGAGACUAUGUAGAUUACACAAUGGUACAGGAACGCUCUAAAUUAGGUCAUGAGAUUGCUGAUUAUUCAGUUACACAUCAAAGUCCGAAUACUUGGUGGGCAAAUGCUAAUCGUCAGCAGUUAGAAUCAGAAAUUCUAAAUCAGCGAGCCAAUCUUAACUCAAAAUCAAGUUCUCCAGUAUAUGGAUGGCGAUCUCCGUUUUUAGAAGCAACUGAAUUAACAUAUCAAAUUUUGUAUGAAAAUAACUUUCUUUAUGACAGUUCAUUAGUAACACGUUUGUCUGAACGAUGGUGGCCAUACACACUUGAUUACUUGCCAAGUGCACCAUGUUACCUUACUAACUGUCCAAAGAAAUCGUAUCCUGGUCUUUGGGAAGUUCCUUUGCAUGUAUGGUCUGAUGGUUCAACAGGAAAUACUUGUAUCACAUUUGAUCAGUGUCUUUCAAGUCUUAUUGAGGGUGAUGAAAAUAGUGUUUACAAGUUGUUAAUGCAAAAUUUCAACAUGAAUUAUUUGGGUGGUAAGCAACCAUUUAUCAUGUUUGGAACAUCCUUAUGGCUAGAUCCAAAAAAGGACUACAGACAAAAAGGCUUAAUAAAGUUUAUUAAUGAAAUGAUAAAACUUCCUGAUGUUUAUUUUGUAACCGCAAAAGAUCUGAUUGACUGGACAAAAAACCCAGUUGGUUUGGAUAGUGGUGCAUUUCCUUGUAUGAGUUCAGCUGCAUCAAUACCUUCAAAUGUCCCAACAAUACCAACAAUUUCCAAAGAUCGUGGAGUUUAUAAGCCUGCCACACCAUGUGACCCAUCUAUUUGUGUACUUCCAAAUUGUCGUUGUACUGGUUCUGACAUACCUGGUGGUUUACUCCCUUCCAACACACCACAGAUGAUAUUGUUUACAAUGGACGAUGGGGUUAACAUUAAUAAUAUUCAGACCUAUAAAGACCUCUUUGAUGGAUUUAAAAACUCUAAUGGUUGCCCAGCUAAAGGUAGUUUUUUUGUAUCAGGAGAUAAUACUGACUAUGCCAUGGUAAAAGAACUUAAAGAUAGAGGACAUGAAAUAGGAGAUCAUUCUGCUACUCACAAGUUUCCAAUAUCAUGGUGGUCAGAUGGUCCUUCAUAUGAAGAAUUGGAGUUUGAGAUUUUAACACAGAAGUCAACAUUAGAAACAAAAUCUAAUGUACAAAUUAAUAGUUGGCGGAACCCAUUUUUAGCUUCUACAGAAAAUACCUUCAAAGUGCUUGCAGAUAAUAAAUUUUUAUAUGAUAGUUCUAUUGCAACUGCCGCUGGAGUUAGAUGGUGGCCAUAUACUUUUGACUAUUUGCCAACAAUACCUUGUCAGCUGAAAAAUUGUCCUAUCAACUCAUAUCCCGGUUUGUGGGAGAUGCCUUUAAAUACUUGGUCGUGUAAUGACAAUGGUGCCGUGGGAGCAAUGUUUGAUGAUUGUAGUCCUUACCUGGUGGACCAGGAUUCUGAAUCUGUAUACAAGUUAUUUAUGAAAAACUUUUUGCUUCACUACAAUGAUAAAAGAACGCCAUUUAGCAUGUUUGCUCAUUAUUUUUGGUUUACAGGGCCAACUUUGAAUUACAGAAAACAAGGACUAAUAAAGUUUAUGAACGAAGUCCGCUUACGCCCAGAUGUUUUUUUCGUAUCUGUUAAAGAUGCUGUUCAAUGGACAAAAAAUCCAAUUGGUUUGGAUAAAAAGCCUUUUUCCUGCUAAUCGAAUGCUGAUUUUAAUUAUUUAGGGAUUUUAUAAAAAAGGCAAAUUUAUUUGUGGUAUUUAAUUAGUCCAUUAUUGUAUUUUAAAUUAUUAAAAUAAA